UCAUACUCGCCAACAAUAAUCAGCAUUAACCCUGUAUCCAGUUUAAUUACCGAUUAUCCAUAUCCUGCUGUGACUAUAUGCAAUAUGAAUCAAGCUCUCAGGAGCAAGGUAUCAAACUUCUCAAAAUCUUCCAAGGAAUAUUCAUUUGUAAAAUUUCUGUGUAACUGGGACCCAAAUAUUACAGUACACGAGGCCAUUAACAAUAGGAGUUUUAUUGGUGAUUUUGUUGUAAAUACAUCGCAAUCUUGUGAACGAAUGCUUCUUAAAUGUAGUUUUGGUGGUGUGGAAUACAAUUGUACAGAACUUUUUCAUUCAGUUCUACUGGACGAAGGAUUGUGUUGCACAUUCAAUUCACUGGAUCCGGUCUACAAAUUUUCCAAUGUAUCAACCAAAGUUUAUUACAACAAAACAUAUCCACCUAACGUCAAGCCCGUUGAUUGGUCUUUGGAAAAUGGCUAUCAGAACCCCUUACCCAAAUAUUAUUCACCAAUGAAGGCAGUCGGUUUUGGACAAACACUCGGAUUAAACAUUAUUUUAAAUGUAGAGAGAGAUGAGUAUUAUUGUUCGUCUGGGAAGAGUAUAGGUUUCAAAGUCACAGUAGGCAACCCCGAAGAUGAGCCAAAUGUACACGAAUCUGGUCUACUGCUUGCACCCGGUCUUGAGUCAUUCAUUCGCAUUAUCCCCAGUCAUCAAGAAGCAGAUCGAAAAUUGCGCAAUUUAAGUCGUAAGUACAGAAAUUGCAUUUUCGAGAGGGAACGGAAGUUAUCAGUAUUUUCACACUAUUCAUACGUGAAUUGUAUGUAUGAGUGUAGAACAAAAGCUACAAUCUCUAUUUGCGGUUGCGUUGAACCUUAUAUGGUUACGAAAUAUUCGAAUUGCACAAUAUGUAGCUACACAGAUUUUAAAUGUGUACAGGAAAUUCAGUACUUAUUGAAAAAUAAACGAUUUGAAAUACCAUGUGGUCAAGAAUGCUGGAUCAAUUGUUUUUAUAAGAAAUACAAAAUUGAUAUAUUUUCUACAAACUUGAAGAAAUCAUUAAUGGAAGCCACUAACACUCUGUUCGCGAAUAUGACUGAUACUUAUGUGGAACAAAAUAUUGCUAUUGCCAACUUUUACCUGAAGCGAUAUUCUUAUGAAAGCACCAAACAUUCGCCAUACAUUGACUCCAUUGAUGUGUUAUCUAGUGUCGGUGGUCUCAUUGGAGUCUUUAUGGGACUAAGUUUCAUUUCGUUUGCUGAAAUAAUUUACUUUCUCUGCAUACGAUCAUGUCGAAUGAACUCUGAUCGGACAAUUGACAAUUCUUGGCGAAGACCUUGUACACUUUUAUCUAAUAGACCCAAAACGCGUUUCAUUAAUCCAUAUAAAACCCCAGCAUACUCAUUACAUCAACACAAUAAAUUCAAACUACCACGGAAGAUGUGA